AUGCCGCACUCGCCCGCCCUCUCAGCGGCGACGUCCGUCGAGAACGCCGCGCCCGACCAAGCGCCUGUCAACCGCAAGCCGCCCUUCUUCUUCCGUGAUGAGUACGCCGGCCUCAUCGUCAAGGGCAACUUCAUGACUCUUGCCGCCAAGCCUGUCCAUGUUGAAGAAGGCGAAUGGCUCGCGCACCAAGUCGUCGAACAAUACCGCCUCCUAGACGGCAUGCUCAGCAUAAUCAAGACCCUCGACGACCGCACCGGCCUUCCAAUCUGCAACCCCGACACCUGCCCCACCAUGUCCGCCUCGGGCCACACCUACACCUGGCUGGACAACAACAAGAAGCCGAUCAAGAUCCCCGCGUACCAGUACAUCAACCUCGUGCAAAAGUGGAUCCUUGGUAAGAUCACCGACCCGACCCUCUUCCCCACGUACACGUCCUACACCACGCCCUCAGCCUACCCAUCCGGCAGUGGCAACAGCGGCAUGUCAACCCCGACCUCCAUGACGCCCAUCCCAAUGGGUCCCACGACGCUGACCCAGCCCCUCGAAAAACUGGCCGGGAGGACCUGGCUCGGCAAAUCCUCGGGCUUCCCCGAGACCUUCGAGUCGGACCUCAAGUCCAUAUAUCGCCAGAUGAUGCGCUGCUACGCGCAUCUCUACCACGGCCACUGGCUCGAUCCCUUCUGGCACGUGAACGCGUACAAGGAGCUCAACACCUGCUUUGUGCACUUCGUAAAUGUCGGGAAGCUGUACGGGUUGCUCGGCGAUAAGGAGAUGGAGCCGAUGAUGCCGCUCGUCGAGUUGUGGGUCGGGAAGGGCUUGUUGCCGAGUCAGAGGGAUGUGGUGGCUACGCAGCAGGUGCAGCAGGUUGCGGGGAUUCAGGGGCCGGGACCUGUGAGGGAUGUGCCGGCGGCGGGGGGGCAGGGCGUCGGUGCCGGUGUGGGUGCUGCGGCGUGA